AGCAGAGUGCAGCCGUGGCGCGCCCUGUUGGGUGGCCGCGGCGGCCCGCCCCCAAACGAUGCGCCAGCUGGCGCCGCGAUGAUCUGCGGCUGCAGCCAGCCAGCGGCGAACGAGCAGGAGGUGCUCAUCUCGCUCGACGAGGUGGCCGCACAGGAUGAUGGCGCCACUGGUGCGCGGAAGAUGACAGGGGUCUACAUCGCAGUCCCCGAGACGGAAGCAGGGGAGGCGUUGUCGAGCGGGCUGAGCCUGACCGGCGCCGCCUUCGACGUCGCUUUCGACCUCGGCGACCCUCGGAUCCGCAACGCCAGGCGCAAGGGCUUCGUAGUGCUCGAGGUGAAGGGCGUGGACGUCGACGUGAUCGGCAGAGAGCUUCUGGCAGAGUACGUCCUCGCGGAGAGCCUCAGUGUCGCCCGCGAGCACUGCAAGUACGGGGAGAGGUGCAACAACUUCGACGCCGUGCACCGGGAGCAGUUCCUGCACCCCGACGAGGGCAAGCCGCAGGUCCUCCGCGAGGCCUCCUCGCGCGACGAGCCGGCGACCGAGCUGCUGUCGGCGGUGCAGGCGCGCGGCGCCCGGGGGCCAGGGACGUUGCCCUUCGCGCGCAUCGUGCCCAAGGGCAAGGUGGCCCGCUGGGACGACGCGGAGAACACCGGGGCGCUCCCGACGGUGCUCGCGAUCUCCGGCGAGGAGCAGCUGCACGUGUCGGCCUUCUUCAGGAGUUGGCGCGCGGAGGCUGCCGGCUGGCAGGUGGCGGUGCCCCUGCGACCCAAGAUGGGCACGCCCUACCUGUUCGACCCGGCGGGAGUGGAGCUGGUUGUCGGGUUCAUGCGGGAGCUGCUCGCGGACAGGGACCUGAAGCUUCUGCCCAGCGGCGUGGAGUCGGGCGGCCUGCACCUGGUCGGCUGCAGCAACGGCGCGGCUGCCGCACUGGCGGCGGCCGUUGCCGCGCCAGAGCUGGUGCUGUCGCUCAGCCUGGUGGCAGGCUUCAUCCCCGACGAGCUGAAGGAUGUCUCGCCGCUGCGGGGCGUGCAGGGCAUCCAGAUGUACGUCGGCAGCAAGGACACGACGCACCUGCAGUCGCUGACGGAGCUCAAGUCCUGGCUCGACGCCAGCGGCAUCCCCUCGGAGCUCACCGUCGUGGAGGGCGCCAGCCACGGGAACAUCUCGAGGAUGAGAAAACAGCACAGACAGAAUUUUCCGGUCCGCGCGGACCGUUGAGGGGCUCUGUUUUUGCGCAGUCGUUGUCUUUUCCUCCCGCGUCGGCCGCCGCAUCGACGCCGUGGCGUUCUGGGAGGCCCUGGAGCGCGGGCGCCGUCGGAGCCGCGGCAGGUCGGCAGCGUCGGACCUGUCCUCUCAGUCCCAGUCCUCGAUCCCAACACCGGGCCACGGCAUCUCGGCCCCGCCGGCCCGCGCCCCCGGGCGAGGAUGGGCCCCGCGAAGCCCGACGCUUGGCAUCGCUUGGACGUGUGCGUUUUUUCCUCGGCGAGGACCAUCGAGGAGC